AUGCUGCAGCAAAUUCUGCGGGACAUGUACAUCGAUCCGGAGCUACUGGCCGAGCUGAAUGACGAACAGAAGCACAUCCUCUUCUACAAGAUGAGGGAAGAGCAGGUCAGGCGAUGGAGGGAGAGGGAGGAGAAGACACGCGAGGAUGAGGCGGGUCUGAAGAGGAUGGCGAGGCUCAAACUGAAAAAUGGCAAACGAGUGCAGUGGCUCCGUGGGAACGACGGCGAGGUCUGGGUUUGGAUCAUGGGAGAGGCUCCCGGAGACAAGCCGUUUGACCAGAUUUCUGAGGAACUCAUGGCAGAAAGAGCCCGACAGCAAGCCCAGAAGGAAGCGGAUGAACUAUGGAAGAAAAAAGAAGCUGAAAUUACACAGAAAUUCCGGGAUGCUAUGGCGAAGGAGAAAGCUCGCAUCGUGGCGGAGAAGUGGAAGAUAGAGACCGAAGAUCGCAAAGCUGCCAAACUGAUGGAAGAGAAGUUCCAGGAGGAACUGAAGAAACGGGAGGAAGAAGAGAGGCAGAGGGGCGAAGAGCAGAUCCGUCAACAGGAAGGACGCCGAGCUCAGGAGCUUUACCUGAGCCUCAAGCAAGCCCAGCAGAACAGCCAACACAAUGACAAAGAGGACCCGGAAUGGGUUGAGCAGCUACGUCGCUCGAAAGCCGCUGAUGAAGAACGGAGCCACAAAGCCCGGAGGGCUCGGGACGAGUAUCGGCGGCAAUCCUUGCGGGCCAUCCAGAAAGGAAAAGUGGCUGGUCUAAGCAACCUCUUCCAAGGAGCUGGUCUGAAUAAUGAGCAAGAAGCAAAGCCGGCCAUCACCUGCCCUGUCCCACUGCUGACCGUGAAGGUACCAACCAGCAAAGCUUGGGAGCGGCCCCUGAGGCCUUUCUCCAGAGAAGUCAUCAUUCAGUGGUUCAAAGUGGAGCAGCUGCCACGCCGCGCUGGAUUUGAAAGGAACACGAACACCAUUGCUCCGUGGUUUCACGGUAUUAUUAGUCGCCAGGAAGCAGAAGAGCUGUUGAUGAACAAGUGUGAGGGAGCUUUCCUGGUGCGAGUCAGCGAGAAAAUCUGGGGUUACGCCUUGUCCUACCGCCAUCAGAGCGGCUUCAAGCAUUUCCUGGUGGAUGCUUCCGGAGAUUUCUACAGCUUCUUGGGGGUGGAUCCCAACCGGCACGCAACCCUCACAGACCUUAUUGAUUUCCACAAGGAAGAAAUAAUCACCUCCUCUGGUGGAGAGUUGCUUUUGGACCCUUGCAGCCAGAUGAAGAACCCGCCGGACUACAGUCCUUUAUUUGAAUGAUUUUUUUUAAAAAAAGGUUACAGAAAAUAUUUCUAGGCAGAAAUUAUUAGUGAAACAACCCCACCUGGAGAAAC